GCGAAAACAUCACGGUGCAAACGAUAUCACCCUCUCGUUUUCACAAUUCGUGUACUUCGUAAACGUGCGCAUGCGCGCGUCUCUAGCUCAUUUCAUAUAAUCAUAUAUUUAUAUUGUAUAUUUUUAUUAUUAUUUUUAUUAUUUUUUUAUAUUUCUUAUCAUAUUUAUCCAUUAGAUGUAAAACAAGGAUAGAAUGACGCGACAGCGCGCUUUCCAAACGCGCCUUAUGUUAUAUCAUGGUCGCGCAGACAACGUAAACGAGUUCUAAACUUUGUCGAAGUUGACAUUAGUGAAACAGCUUCGAACCAACCGAUUUAUUUAUAAGGAGGAAGAGAGAGAAUUAGACAGAGUUUCAAAUGCGCGAAUCGUAGAUUCACGCGGCUGCAAAUGCUCGACGCCCGAAGUUUGUUACACUCGCACAUUACACUCAUAGGGCUGUUAAGGCUUGAACAGACUUGAAAUCGAGGCGAAGCCAACAAAACGAAAAAGAAGAAGAAGAAGAAGAAAUCGAGGCGUGAAACAGGAUGUAUAAGGUGGACACAGUCAGCGCGCUGCGCGAAGCCACGGAGCCCGGCGUGAUAACACAGAACAUGCUCGUUUCUUUAACAAUUGACCAAGGGCCGAAGAAAGAAGGCGGUAGACUGUUUCUCCAAGACGGUAUCGAACUGGACAAAUUAAAAGAGAUUCGCAUCGAGUUUCUCAAAAUUUUAAACAUCGAUCAUCUCUGGUUAUUGAAAAGUCUGGUUAAACUAUCGCUGUCUCAUAAUGUUAUCGAGAAAAUCGAAAAUCUAGACAAACUUCAUCACUUGAGGGAACUAGACCUCUCGUUUAAUCGCAUCAAAAUUAUGGAAAACUUGAACAAUCUGCAUCAACUAGAAAUUCUGCUUCUGUACAGUAACGAGAUAUCGACUGUACAGGGUAUAAGCGACUUGAAAAAGUUGAUCAUUUUGAACAUUGGUAAAAAUAAGAUCAAUGACUGGAAGCAUGUCGUAUAUUUACGUGACUUCAAAUCGCUCAAAAGUUUGAACAUGUGCGACAACCCUUGCACGGAAAUAGACGGAUACUUGGAUUAUCUGUUCGCAUUUGUGCCCCAAUUGGUUUAUUAUCAAUAUAGAAUGAUAUCCGAAAGCGAGCGCCAAUCCGCCAUUGAUAAGCAUUAUCGUAUAGUUAGUAAUCUCGAAGAAAACGAGGCGAAAAUGCAAACGGAAUUGGCAUUGCAACGAGAAUUUAAAAACAAAACUGCAUUACUAUUUGCAUCAUACGUGGAGCAACUUGAUGAAGAUUAUCUGUUCCAACAAAUGUUUUCUUCCGAUGAAGUAUCGGUACAAGUAGCAGGCAGAACAUUGUCCACAUUAAACGAAAGUACACAGAAUGCGUUCGAGGAGUACAAAAAAUCUUUUGUUGCGAUAUGCCAAAAAUUGUAUAAACUAGGUUUACAAGAGAAUGAUAAGAGAACAGAGGAAAUAAGAUUGUUUGAAGUUGCUGUUAACGAAGGCAAGGAAAAUACGCAAAAUGAAGCAAGAAGAAUCGUGGAUGAGGUACUUGAAAAAAGAGCAAAGAUAUUUGCGAAUAUAAAAGAAGUGAUGGAGGCUUUGGUAGAGAAACACGAGGAGGAAACCGAGAGCGUCGCUGCCAAAGCAAGAGAAUUGUUUAAUGAAUUUAAUGAUUUAUUGUCUAAGGCACGAAAUCAAUUAAUGUCUAAAGAAAUUAUAUUGCAUGAUCAAAUGGAGGAUAUAAACAAGGUAUUCAGAAUUAAUAUGACAGAUAUAGUCAACUCGUUCCUAGAAACCGCACGAGAAUACUUCUCCCUAUUACGAAACGCAGAAAUUGAAUAUAAUGACAUUAUAAAUGGAUUUGUGCUACAUUAUCUUAGCGGUUUUGAGGAUGAGACACAUAUACCAUUUAAUCUUAAGGAUCUGUACUGCGACAAAGAUACCUUGGCUAUCACUCUUGCCACCUCGCACAAUAUACAUUUACAAAUAAUAGACGAUCGAGAGAAGCGCAUGACAAAUCGACUCGACAAUUGGCUCAAAGACUACAUCAAUCAAUUAAUCGUGAAUGAGGAUAAAAGAAAUCGUCAGCAAAUAUUGGAAAUAUCACAUUUCUUUGAAUCUCAACAGAAAGAACUUAAUUUGUUAAGCUUACCACAACAGUUAGAUUUGGCAGGCAUUGAUCUAGAUGAUGACGGCAUAUUAGAAAAUUAACGAUAACAUGUUACAACAAUGUUUCGACGUUUAAACAUCUCACGUUUUGCUUCUUCUGACGAUACGGAAUAAAAUUCAGAAAAUAAAUGGGAGUAUGACAUUUGUUAAUAAA